GCCCAGCCUACCCGCCUCUUUCUUCUUUCUUCUUCUUCCUCCUCGCGCUCCUCCCGUCUAUAUAAACCCCGACACCUCCCUCCCCGUCUCCCGCCAGUUUCAUCGCAGCACACAUCCAUCCAUCCAUCCAUCUAUCCAGAGAGCACAGCAACGGCGCAUAUAUAGUACCCCUCUACCAAAGCACAACAACCAGAAUCUCCUGAGCUCGAUCUAGCUACUAGCUUGAUCUAUCCGAUCAAUCGACUGGCCCGCGAGGAUCGAUCGAGACUCGAAAGGGAGGGAUUUUGAUCCGGAUCGGUCGACGAUGGACAUGGCGCACGAGAGGGACGCGAGCAGCGAGGAGGAGGUGAUGGGCGGCGACCUGCGUCGCGGGCCGUGGACGGUGGAGGAGGACCUCCUGCUCGUCAACUACAUCGCCGCGCACGGCGAGGGCCGCUGGAACUCGCUCGCCCGAUCAGCAGGGCUGAAACGCACAGGCAAGAGCUGCCGGCUCCGGUGGCUGAACUACCUCCGCCCCGACCUCCGGCGAGGCAACAUCACGCCGCAGGAGCAGCUGCUCAUCCUGGAGCUGCACUCGCGGUGGGGAAACCGCUGGUCCAAGAUCGCGCAGCACCUCCCGGGACGCACCGACAACGAGAUCAAGAACUACUGGCGCACGCGGGUGCAGAAGCACGCCAAGCAGCUCAAGUGCGACGUCAACAGCCAGCAGUUCAAGGACGUCAUGCGCUACCUCUGGAUGCCCCGCCUCGUCGAGCGCAUCCAGGCCGCCGCCGCCGGGCAGCAGCAGCAGCAGGAAGGCGGCACCGACACGCCGCCCCUGUCGUGGCAGCACGGCGGCUCCGACGGGCUCUACGAGUCGCCGGAGCUCCCGGCGCCCGAUGCCAGCUGCUGGCCAGCCGAGUACUGCGCGGCGGCCGGCGGCGCGCAGUCGGGCGGCACGCCUGCACCGGAGCUGUCGAGCACCACGGCCGGGUCGUCGUCGCUGUCCACGGACUCCGGCGCCGGGGCGCAGCCCAGCUGGCCCACGCAGGCCGACGGCGCCGAGUGGUUCACCACCGCCUGCGACGCCUCCAGCGCCACCGGCGGCGUGGCCAUGCGCGACACGGAGCUGGAGCUGGCCCAGCCGCCGUGCCAGGGCGGGCAGACGUGGACGACGUCCGAGUCGUCGCUGCCUGGCCUCACCUUCCCCGACCUCGCCGUCGCGGACUUCGAGAUCGGCGGCUUCGACGUCGAUAGCUUCUGGACGAGCAUGGAGGACGACCAGCUGUGGUGCCCCACCCAGGCCGCCGUGUGAAAAGUCAGCACGGCCGCCAUGGGAAUCCGCCGCGGCGAGCGAGCGCGCGCGCGCGCGACACCCGCGGGUGCACAACCGCCGGGGACGCGUAGCGGAGCGGAGAAGCGGAUUAGAAGAAGGAGAGAAGCUAUCUGGGGGAUUAGAACAAGAUUAAUCGCCUCACGAUGCCAUUUUUGGACUCCUAGCUCCCAGACUAUUCUAACUCCAGUUCUUUUCCGUUUCUUUCUCCUUUUUUACUUCCUAGGGUAAAAAAAAAGAAGUUAAAGUGUAGCCGUUAUACUAGUGUUGAUGCUGCUGUUACUAAAGUUUGUCCGUUAAAUUUUACUCAUUCUUUUUGAGUAAAUACAGUACUGCCACUACUGUAUGUACGAGCUGAACUCUGUAGGAUUGACAGGAUUACUGUACACUUCUAGAAACCGGUAAUAAAAGCAAAGCUCCGACGUCAAGUCUUGAUUAAUUA